CAUGAAGUUGUAAAAGAAAAACUGAUAAUAUUAUAGCAAUGUUUUUUUUUAUAGUUUUUGCUGUUUAUUUGACUUUAGACUGAUUUUAUAUUACUGGACACCACUUGGAGCACUCUAAAGAAGACUGAAAAUCCCCGAACAAAGAUUACUAAACUCUUAUAGAAUAACAAAAUUCGCAGCUCCAUCAUGUCUGAAAAGAAGGACGCAGCACCAGGAGAGGGAAUUCGAUCAUUAAAGACAUCCAGCGUGUUUAGAUUCGUAAAUUUCGAACUCUAUACAAAGCCUAACGUGACUAUUAUGGGUCUUGGUUUAGUAGCCCUUACUGGAUGUUUAGGAUACAUUGCCUACAUGAGGCACAAAUACGAAGGUCUAGGAUAUUACGGGGCCAUUAAAAGUGAUGGCACCGAGGAGUUUAUAAAGAAAAAAUCCAGAUGGGAGCUAUAAACCCGGAGUAGAACAAUUUAAAGAUAGUUGUAAAUAGCUAUAGCGAAUAAGUUAAAUACAAAUCAACUUUUUUCCGAAAUAAGGUGUAGCCAAAAUAGUAUAGUAAAAAUAGCCGAAAAUCUAAAAAAAGCCGAAAAUCUAAAAAAAGCAGUGUGGCAGAGCAGAAAACCUCUAAAAGGGGAUUAUAAUGUCCCAUUAAAGAAACUUUUAAUUGAA